UUUGAAAAAAGUUUGGACACCCCUGACUUACAGGUACCACUCUGCUCACAUUGACUAUUACCAGCCAGUGACAGUGGUAGAACCUGUAAACCAGCACAGGGCCAAACUUCCUUGUGGUGCUGUGUUGAGCCACUUCCCCUCCUCCCUGCCAGGCAGAGCCCACACAUUGGAUAUAGCCCACAGCUUGUUCUCAUUCAGCCCACAAGGCUCCCCCUUCCCACAGCAGGGAACCCUUCAUUAGUGCUUCAGUCAUGCAGGGGGCACCAACACUUUGAGACUUGUCCUGAGGCUGGAAUGCCAGCACUAGCUCAUCCUUCUGUGUGUUGGGCUGUGGCGGGGGGCAGAGGUUCCGACCUAUGGGCCAUAGGUUUGCCAUCUCUGAAAUAAGGGCUUGCCCUGAGAAGGAAACAAUGAACAGCAGCAACACCUAGUGGAACAGAGGAAAGUUUUGAUGUAAAAUGAAGGAGGAGAGAUAUUUGAAAUAGUAAAGAUGUCUGGCUUUUUCCUCUUCUGUUUUUCUCUAUUGAUAAUAGAGCUGCUAUAGUUGCAUUAUGAAGUAAUGCUGUUUGUUAUAAUGGUUUUUAUUUUCCUGCUACAUUUAAUAUCAGCUUGUUUUCUGUAUAAUGCUUGUACUGCUAUUUCCAUGCAGAAAGCAAAACUGGGAAAUCAUUUGAAAUGUGGCAAUUAGACAGGCUCAUUACUUUUUUCCAGUUUUUUUUAUGCUGAUCCCACAUGCUUUCAGUAUGAGCUUGAUACUACUGAACGACUACAUUAAAGAAAUGAUAGAAUUAACUAAUGAAAAUUGAAAAGCAUUUGUAGGGGCAGUGGCUUUAACUAGUCAAUUUCCAGAAUGGGCCCUAUACCAAACCCAUUUCUACUGCUAUAAAACACAUAGUGAAGUGGUUUUUAAAUAUUUGGAUACAUAGAGAUUUCUAGAGUAUUAAUGGAUAGUAUAAUGUCUACUGCAAUUGCUUCAGUCAUCUCUCAUCCUACUUAGACUAUAAUUGAAUAAUAGAGGUUGAAACAGAUAUCUAGUAGAUCCCAGUUACACAACAGAAAAUAAGUUAAUAAAAUAGCUUAGUUACUAGUGGGGGCUGUAGGAAGGUAAGACUAGAAUUGUCAUUUUGAUUCUUCAGCUGGCUCAUCCAGGCUUUGGCAACUUAUCUCGAAAAUUAAUAUUUUCUAUUUUGGGUAAAGCAGUUCCAUGAGAGGUUUAAAAACUAGACUCUUAUACAAUACAUCCUGAGCAUUAGUCCAGCUCUUUCUAAUAAAUAACUUGUUUGCCUCUUUUAAUGUAAAUUUAACUUUUUUUCCUUUCAUAAGAGAAGAAAUUAGGCUGAAGGCAGUAGUUAACCAGUGGAAUGGAAGAAAGGAAAAUCAAGAGGAGGAGCCCCAAAUCAUCCAAUAGUCACCCUACUCAGGUUGCUAAUGCCAAGAAAAAUUCUGUGCCAGUCAGUAAAAGUACAGCAUUUUCAAAUCCUGCACCACAAGCAAAUUCCCAAAGACCAAAGUUAAAAAGAGGAAUAAAAGAAAAAGCCAAACCUCCAGGAGGGGAAGGAAAAGGGGCGGCGCAGGCAGCUCCAAUACAGCACUCUUUUCUCACAGACGUGUCAGAUGUUCAAGAGAUGGAGAGGGGACUUUUGAGCCUUCUGAAUGAUUUCCACUCCGGCAAACUUCAAGCAUUUGGAAAUGAGUGUUCCAUAGAACAGAUGGAACAUGUGCGGGGGAUGCAGGAGAAGUUAGCUCGCUUGAAUUUGGAACUCUAUGGGGAAUUGGAAGAACUUCCUGAAGAUAAAAGAAAACUUGCCAGUGAUUCCAAUUUGGAUAGGCUACUAUCAGAUCUGGAAGAACUGAAUUCUUCUAUACAAAAGCUUCAUUUAGCAGAUGCACAAGAUAUCCCAAAUACCUCCACCAGCUAAAAGUGUUGGGUUUUUUUUAUUUGGAUACCUCUCUGAGAAGUCAUGUCUUUAUUUUUCCAGUGGAAUCUAGAGUCUUACUCAUUUGUCACAAUAAAGAAUUAAAGUGCAACUCCACAUGAUUAUUUUCACAUAUAUUGCAGUGGUCAAAUCUGCUAACAGGAAUAUCAGGGUUGGAAUCAAUUGCAAUGGUAUGCUGCUAUGCUUUGUAAUUACUGCCUUAUUUAAUAUAAAGUGCUGGGAAAAACUUGAAAGUACAUGCUCAGUGUUGUCCAUAUGUCUACAUGUUCACUAACAUCACUCCAUUUUUGACAAAUCUAGCAGUGAAGGCUUUUUUUAGCUGCCUUUCUGCCUAGUAUGUAGACACUCUGCACACUCUUCAGUGUGGUUUAACCAUUAAAUCAGUGCUUAUUGAUUUAUUUUAAUAAAGUAAUUUACAAUGCUGUACAAUUUAUUGAAAAGCUUAGUGUCUAUUUAAUUAUGGUCAAAUAAAGGUUUUGUAUUGUCUGAAUUUUCACAAAGUCAAUUUUUACCCUGUCAGCCACUUUAAAAUUUCACCCAGUUAGAAUUGGAAUACUUAUUUACUUCUGGCAAUUUUGAAUUCUCAGUAAUAUAUAUACACUGACUCUUAAUAAAUCCAUUCCACACUAUUUUUCUUUCAAUUAAUAACUUUUAAUAAAGUCUCCAGUUACUGGGGUUAAUGGAUGUUCCUCAUUCUUAGUUAUUUCAGGAGUGGGGAGAGUCUGCAACAACACACACGGACCUUCAGCACAUGCCCAGUAACAAGAGGUCCAUUCCUAAAAAGUGCUUAUAUUGGCAGGUUUUCUGGAGCACAUAUUACUAUAUAUAUUUCAGUACUGAAGAUGAUGCAUGAUAAAUUCAUGGUUGACAAAACAGGACCUUAGCCAACAAGCACAAUCUGUCCCACAAAUUGUUCCUUUAAUACAAUCAAGAUGAACAGUUGCUCUUGCUUUUUAUCAGUGAGAGCCCAAAUCCCAUACACAUUGCUACAUUUUUUGAAUAUGGAAAGGGAAAAGCUUUGUGUUUGUUCAAAGACUGAUUAUUUGAUGGCUCAAAAUGUCUACCAAGACGCAAUCAGUGGCACAUUUGUUCUGUGUAGAUGUUGAACUGUUCAUUCUGAUUCCAUUUUUUGAGUGCAUUUGUUCAAUAGCAGGAAUAAAGUCUCUCCCUUUCCCUU